ACGCUCUUGCAUCCGUGCCACGACCUCUGUACAUCCCGCUCGCUGUUUGUCGCGCUCUCCUUCCUCGUAUAGCAUUUUGCACUGUAUUUCUACCAUGGAACAAAUCACGACCUCUCUCGCGCCUCCUCGCAGCACUCACAAAGUAGGCGUCGCCGGCUCUUCCAGCGACGCGUCUGGCUCGGUCACGAAGCGCUUGAGUAACGAGUUGAUGCAGUUAAUGAUGUCAUCUUCACCAGGCAUCUCGGCAUUCCCUAAAAGCGAUGCAAAUCUAUUCGAGUGGGUUGGAACGAUCGAGGGACCUAGUGGCACGAUUUACGCAGGUCUAACAUACAAGAUAUCCAUCACGUUCCCUCCAAACUAUCCUUAUGCGGCGCCUACCCUCAAAUUUGACUCACCCUGCUACCACCCUAAUGUGGACUUGAACUCAGGGGCGAUUUGUCUGGACAUUCUACAGGAUAAAUGGUCGGCUGUCUACAGUGUUCAAACCAUCCUCAUCUCCUUGCAGUCUCUACUAGGAGAGCCCAACAAUGCGUCUCCCUUGAACCCUGAUGCGGCUGCGCUGUGGGAUUCGCCUUCAGAGUACAAAACGUCCCUGAUGAAGCACUACACCCCUCCCGGCGACAAUUUCGCGUAGUUCCCCAUUUCGUCUCCAGUCGUACAUAGCUAUAGUCCCCAACGGUUAUCCAUCUUGCUGUAACGCUGUGCAAUAUAAUUAUAAUGCUACGAUGUCGUAGCUGUCGGAAA